GGCUCGGGCACACGCGUGCCAGGGCCAGCGACACACCCAUGCCGCCGCUCGCCGCGCUGCUUCUGGCCCCCGUCCUCCUCAACCUCGCUUGCGGCAAGACCAUCAACACGUAUGCCGGUCCGUACAUCGCAUACGCGACGAGGUUCGACCCAUGUCCUUCCGACGGCACUUUCGCAAUAAACUUGCGUCCCAGUCACUUUCAUCCAGCUAAGCCCUUCGAGAGGCAGACGGUCUCCGGCAAUUUCACAAUUUUGACUCCGUUUGAUGAUUCGUAUUGGGUUCGCGGCCAGAUGGCGGUCCGGUCCAACAACCAGUGGAAGGAAAAUGCGUUUGUCUUCAACUAUCCCACUGGAGCCUGUAGAGUGCUGCGGGAUCAUAUACCGGACUUCUUCACCAUGGUCGCGCGAGGCAUUCACGCCACAAACGGACCCUGCAGACUUGAAGCCAGCGGCACGAACGAAGUAGAUAAGGUACCAAUUUCAUGGGAUUUCCCCAAAUUCAAGAUCAUGCCGUAUGGACGCUACAAGUUUACGAUACGAUUUGGCGAUGUCACUAGUACGCGCUUUUGCACAGAGGUGGACUGUACUAUAAUUCCAAAACCAACUAUUUAGCGUUGUGCUUUUCUCUGAUAGAGUUGAUGGAACCUCAUAAUAUAUGACAAUUUUCAGACAGCAAACUUUUGAAGCUUCCGUAUUCAUUCGAACCUAGCCUCCAGAAAUUGAUCCGUGAAGCGGAAAA